AUGUCUUCCCUUCACCACAGCAGCGCUGUAGUCAGCACCUUCGACCCGCGCAAGGAGAAGCCGUUGGGCGUGCCGCUGCCCGACACGGCCGAGGCCAUCGCACGGCUGCGCGUGUGUCUCAUUCGCACCGCCUGGAACGAGAACCUGGUCACCUCGCUGGCCGACCAGACCCGCGCCCAGCUGGUCAAGGCCGGCGUGGCCGAGGCCAACGUCGUCGCGGCGCCCGCGGUCGCCGGCUCCUACGAGCUGCCCUACGCCGCCAAGCGGUGGGCCGAGUCCGGCGCCUUCGACGUCAUCCUCUGCUUCGGCGUCCUCAUCAAGGGCGAGACGCUCCACUUUGAGUGCAUCUCCAAUGCAGUUGCUCAAGGGCUCAUGGAUGCGCAGCUGAGCACGGGCGUGCCGGUGAUCUACGGGGUGCUCAACUGCCUCACGCUGGAGCAGGCCGAGGCGCGCUGCGGGAAGGUCUCGCCCCUCCCCACCUCGCUGGCUCUCACGGCCAUCAACAUGGCCGCCCUCCGCACCAACUCCCUGCCCAGCAACAAGGCCAGACUCUGA